CAGCGGCCUCUGCGCAUGCCCGGUGCGUGCGCAGGGUCGGCGGCGGCGGCAGUCAUGGCGGCUCGGUGCGUGAGACUGGCGCGGCGCAGCCUCCCGGCCUUCGCGUUGUCUCUGAGGCCCUCUCCUCGGCUAUUGUGCACAGCUACUAAACAAAAGAACAAUGGCCAGAACUUGGAAGAGGACGUGGCUCACAGUGAACAGAAGACAGAACCUCCCUCUACAGAGAAGAUACUCCUGGAAGAAAAAGCCAAGUUGGAAGAGCAGCUGAAGGAGACAAUGGAAAAAUAUAAGCGAGCUUUGGCAGAUACUGAGAACUUGCGGCAGAGAAGCCAAAAAUUGGUGGAGGAGGCAAAAUUAUAUGGCAUUCAGGGCUUCUGCAAGGACUUGUUAGAGGUUGCAGACAUUUUGGAGAAGGCAACACAGUGUGUUCCAAAAGAAGAGAUUAAAGAUGACAACCCUCACCUGAAGAACCUCUACGAGGGGCUCGUAAUGACUGAAGUCCAGAUCCAGAAGGUGUUCACAAAGCACGGCUUACUCAGGCUGGAUCCUCUAGGGGCCAAGUUCAACCCUUACGAACAUGAGGCCUUGUUCCACACCCCGGUUGAGGGGAAAGAGCCGGGCACGGUGGCGCUAGUUAACAAAGUGGGGUACAAGCUGCACGGGCGCACCCUGAGACCUGCCCUGGUAGGGGUGGUGAAGGAAGCGUAGCUGCCUCUGAAGGGUUUCAGUGGGUUUGUUGGUAAUCACUUGCUGUUACUGUUAAAGGCUGGUUCAUCCUUUCUCAUCUAUGAAUAUUGUGACCUUUUCCCAAACCUUGUGGGAAAGCUUUAGUAAUCUGUGGGAUAAACAGAAAGUUAAUCCAGUUGCA